AUGAUCCACAGCAGUGUGCCAGCGAGCUUGUUAAAUGAAGCGGUGCGCUUGAAUGCGAGUGACAAUCUCACCGCCAUUGUUGUGUGCUUCACUGCUGGGAUUGAUUGCAGAGAUCACUAUCAGCGGCCGAGGUUGAGGUGCUGUAACCUGUUUGAGGAGGCUAAGAAGAAGUUGAGGAGCUUUUGGAAGGCAACUCUGAUCAAAUACAAUGGAUUGGUAGGAGAAGUUCCCGUGGAGCUGGGAUCCUUGUCGAAGCUCGCAAUAGUAAAUAUAGAGGCCAACAAUCUUAGAGGGGGUAUCUCUCCUUUCACGAAUUUGUCAUCUCUUCGCAACCUGUUUUUAGAGAGUAACUACUUUGACGGCAGCUUUCCUGAUGGUUUUGAGCGAUUGAAGAAUCUUCAGAUACUCGCACUCGGCAUAAACAGGUUGUCCGGCGUCAUCCCUGCGUCGCUCUUCAACCACUCUUCUCUCACAAGUUUUACUGUCAUUGUUAACCAAAUUCAGGGAAGUCUUCCCUGGGACUUGGGAAUCACUCUUCCCAAUCUUGAAUUCUUCGGCAUUGCUGGAAACCAAUUUACUGGAUCAAUUCCAGUUUCAAUAUUGAAUGCACCUAAACUUUAUGAACUCGAAUUGGAUCAAAACAAUCUUAAUGGAAAGGUUCCUAAUUUAGCAAGUCUGCAAAACCUCAAGUGGCUAACCAUGGGGGACAAUCAGCUUGGUUGCAGGGAAGCUGAUGACUUGAACUUUAUCUACUCUUUGAUCAAUGCUACAAAUUUACAGUAUUUGAACGUGGGCCUAAACAAUUUUCGCUGCAAGAUUCCAGAAUCCAUCGGUAAUCUCUCGAGCAAUCUUAAACUUUUGAGUUUAGACAACAAUCAGAUAUUCGGAAGCAUUCCACCCGGGAUUGUAAAUCAUGUUGGCUUGCAGAGUUUGUAUAUGCAGGUUAAUCAACUCACCAGUACUAUUCCAAGUGGGAUUGGAAUGCUUCCAAAUCUGCAGGAAUUGAAUCUCCUCAACAAUUCAUUGUCUGGUAACAUUCCAUCUUCCCUAGGAAAUCUGAGUUUGUUAAGUAAACUUGUUUUAGGACUAAAUAAUUUUCAGGGAAACAUUCCUCCGAGCCUAGGGAAUUGUAGUAAUUUGCAAAAGUUGUUUCUUUCUCAAAACAACCUUAAUGGUACCAUACCAAAACAAGUUGUUUCUAUCUCAUCCUUAUCUAUAUAUCUAGACCUAUCCCAAAACCAACUAAGUGGUUCUCUUCCCAUGGAAGUUGGAAAUUUGGUAAAUCUCGGUUCCUUGGAUGUCUCGCACAACUUGUUAUCUGGUGAAAUUCCGAGCACUCUAGGCAGCUGUACAAGCUUGGAAACACUGCGUUUGGGGACUAACUUUUUUAACAGAACCAUUCCUUCUUCUUUGAGUUUCUUGAGAGGCAUUCGAGAGUUGGAUCUCGCAAACAAUAACUUGUCCGGUGAAAUUCCAGUGUUUUUGGAGGGUUUUAGGUUGUUGCAAGAUUUGAAUCUGUCUUUCAAUAAUUUUGAAGGUGUAGUCCCAACACAAGGUGUUUUUAGUAAUACAAGUGCAAUAUCAGUGGUGGGAAACAGUAAGCUCUGUGGGGGUGUAGCUGAAUUGCAGCUUCCUAAAUGCAACUUUAAAGUGGAUAAAAAAUGGAGACCAAACACUGCCUUAAUUUUAGCACUCUCUAUUCCAUUUGGGCUUCUAGGACUAGCUCUGGUGGGGUGUAUUUUGUAUCUUUGUUGCUUUAGAAAGACAAGAAAAGAAACUCCUUUAGACUCAUCAGACAAUUCACUCUUGAAGGCGUCUUAUCAAAAUCUUGUUAAAGCCACUGAUGGGUUCUCAUCAUUCAAUUUAAUUGGCAUUGGUAGUUUUGGGUCUGUGUACAAGGGAGUUCUUGAUGGAAGAAUUGUUGCUGUGAAGGUACUUAACCUUUCACGUCGAGGAGCUUCCAAGAGUUUCAUAUCCGAGUGUGAGGCCUUGAGAAACAUCAGACAUCGGAAUCUAGUCAAGGGUGGUGUAAAUAUGGAGGUCAUGGUUCCUAGGGUUUAUAAAGAAAUAGUGGAUAGUGAAACUAGGUGUCGUGGAGUAAAUGUAUUGGUAAUGGCAACUGACGAUGGUACAAGGAUGAGUGGAUGUGGCGAUACAAUUUUUCGACAGAGGAGGUGGUGGUUGGCCGCUGAUGAAUGA